UUAAACGGGCAACCAACGAUGUAGAUCAUAUCAUAUCAUAUCAUAUCAUACUGUGUAAUCAUAAUACAUUUUCUUGUCAUAUUUAUAAUGUUCAUAAUGGUUGCAUUAUGUUUUGACGAUACUAAAAUUACCAUUUCCUGUAUAUAACUGGGGUGGUGCUCUCACCCUUUAACCAUCAAAAAGAACAAUGAACCCUUUUUAAGAACACAUUCAACACUUGAUAGAUGAUAGAUUAAUUAUAGAUUAUUCAAGAUAUGACGGACGAUUAUAAUCCUGACCAGUAUCUACCAACCAUAGAUGCUAUUCUAAGUGUAGCAGAUUUAGAACAGAUAACGGUAAAACGAAUUAGAAAUGCAUUACAAGAACUCUUUGGAGUAAACUUACAAUCUCAUAAAAAAGAAAUUAAUGAGGUUAUUCUAACUCAAUAUUAUGAUUUAAUUAAUAAACGAGAAGAAGAAGCCAAAUCAGAAAAGGAAAGAAGAGCUGAAAUCGAACGGAAAGAUGCUAUAAUGGCAGCCAAACUACUGAGAGCAGAAAUAAGUGGUCCUAUAGUAAGAUCAACUCGAAAAAGAGUUAGUGAUAAACCUGUUAAAGAAGUUAAAAAGAGAAGAGUUAAUAAUGAAAAUAAUGUAUUCAUGAGAGAAAUGUUACUUUCCCCUGAUUUACAAGCCAUUGUAGGAUCAGCAAAGUUACCAAGACCUCAUGUUGUCAAACAUUUAUGGGCUUAUAUUAAAGAUAAUGAUAUGCAAGAUCCAAAAGAUAAACGAUUUAUUAUAUGUGAUGAAAAAUUUCAAAAAUUAUUUAAAAAGAAAAAUGUCGGUGCUUUUGAAAUGAACAAGUUACUUUCAGCGCAUAUCUUUAAACCAGAUGAAGUUAAUGGUGAAUCUUCCAAAAUAAAAGUUAAAAAGGAACUUCAUUCGAAAUCGAAAGAAGUCAUUGAUAGUGAAGAAGAAGAUGAUGAUGAAGGAGAUGAUAACAACGGUGAUGAUGAAGAAGAAGAAGAAGAAGAAGAAAGUACUGAAGAGUAAUCUCUCUUCUCCUACCCUCCCUUACCUUGAAUUUAGAUACUGUAUUAAUAGUGUAAUAUAUGUAAAUGUGAUGUGAAUAAAUGUCCUGCAUGUAAGGUUUGUUAUGAUUUUUAUGAAUU